GAAGCUCCUUCACGAAGCGAUGGUUACAGCCGGGUUGCGCGGGAACAGACCCACUACCCCCGGGAAGGGGGGUGGAGCUAAUCGCUGAUUGGCUGAGGCAACAUUCGGUGUUCCUUCCUCUGACCCUGCGUUCCAUUUUCCCGCCAGCACUGGAGAGCGGGUUGUGUUGCUGCUCCGCGCCACCUGCAUCAUGUCCAAGCAGCGGACCCUGUUCAGCUUCUUCACCAAGUCGCCGCCGCUCGGCACCUGUAGUAGGUCGGGCCCCGAGCCGGAGGCCGUCGCAGCGCCCUCAAAGAAGGCCAGUGCCUCUUGCAAGGAAGCGGUCAAGGAGAAUGGCAGCGAAGCGGGCAAGUUCCGCCGGAGCCCGCCCAAGAGGCCCCGGACUGCCGCCUCCACCAGCCCGUUCUUCACUCGGGAAGCGAAGGCAGCCCGCAAGCAGGGGGCAAGCCCCCGGACGGCCGCCCCGGGUCAAGCGUGUGAUUUUACUCCUGGCGAUCUAGUAUGGGCGAAGAUGGAAGGGUAUCCGUGGUGGCCAAGUCUGGUUUAUAAUCAUCCCACUACCAAGGAGUACCUCAGGGGAAAAGGGAAGUCUCUUCGUAUUCAUGUCCAGUUCUUCGAUGAAACUCCAACAAGAGGCUGGGUUAGUGUGAAAUAUGUAAGGAUGUACACAGGUUCUGACUCUAAAGAAGUCCAGAGAGGUGGUGUCUACUUCAGUGGAAAGCCUGAAAUCCGCAGGGCAAUAGUUGAAGCAGAUAAGGCCCAUCAGAAAUCAAGAGAGAAGCGUUUAGAAUUGGCAGUGUGCACUGAACCUUCUGAGCCUGAAGAUGAAGAUGAUGAUGAUGAAGAAGAAGAAGAAAUGGAGGUGAGUGGUCAGUCCACGGCAAGUGAGGAAGACAAAGAGAACAAUAGUGAAGAUGAGAAUAAAGCAAAUAAGCGGUCGUCACGGGCAGUGCGCUCAGCUUGUGUUAAGGCCAAAAGGAGGCGGAUCGUGGUGGAGUCGGACAGUGAUGUUGAAAGCUCGGAGGAAGAGUUUAAACCUGACCAGCAGGAGGGGAGCAGUGAUGACUGCAGCAGCGGUGUCGAUGAGAAGGACAUCAGUGAGCCCGAAACGGAAACCGACCCCGAGAGUCCGGUGAAGACUCCCUUCAAGCGCAAGCGUGGUGUGACUGCAGCCCCGGCCACAGAGAAAACUGCGCCUCGCUCCCCCCCGGAAGCCCCGAGGAGACCAGCCGUGGUGUCCUCGGGCACCAAGUCCAGACUGUCGGCCUUCUCUGCUCCAGAGACCUUCGAGUGCCAGUCCAACAGCAGUGGCUCGGGCAGCGCCUCCCCUGUGGCGGUGUGGGACCACGAGAAGCUCGAGUGGUUGAAACCUGGCAAGAGGAAGGACGUGAAGAGACGAAGGGAAGACCACCCUGACUACGACUGUUCCUCGCUCUGUGUGCCAGACGACUUUCUGAACAAGUGUACGCCUGGCAUGCGGAAGUGGUGGGAGCUCAAAUCGCAGAUGUUUGACACUGUGAUCUUCUACAAGGUUGGCAAGUUUUAUGAGCUCUACCACAUGGACGCGGUCACGGCUGUCAACGAGCUGGGACUGAUGUACAUGAAGGGCACCUGGGCUCACUCUGGUUUCCCCGAGAUUGCGUUCGGCCGCUUCUCCGAUGUGCUGGUUCAGAAGGGGUACAAAGUGGCGCGGGUGGAACAGACCGAGACCCCCGAGAUGAUGGAGGCCCGCUGCAAGUCGCUGGCGCAUCCCACCAAGUUCGACCGCGUGGUCCGGAGGGAAGUGUGCCGGGUGAUUACGAAAGGGACGCAGACCUACAGUGUCCUGGACGGCAACCCCUCGGAAAGCUGCAGCAAGUACCUCCUGUGCCUGAAGGAGGCGGUGUGCGCUGACUCGCCGGGGCAGUACCGCUCCUAUGGUGUCUGCUUUGUCGACACGUCUGUGGGCAAGUUCCACGUGGGCCAGUUUCUGGACGAUCGUCACUGCUCCAGGUUCCGGAUGCUGGUGGCCCACUACGCACCAGUGCAGGUGCUGACCGAGAAGGGCAACCCGUCGCUGGAGACCCGGAAGGUGCUGAAAGGCUGCCUCCUCGCUGCCAUGCAGGAGGCUCUGCAGGCGGGCUCCCAGUUCUGGGAUGCUUCCAAAACUUUGAAGGUGCUGGCCGAGGAGGGCUACUUCGGAGAGGAGCAGGGCACUGCCCCCUUGCCACCUGCCAUCCAGAAGAUGGUGUCGGAGUCCGACUCGUUGGGGCUCACCCCGGGGGAAGGCCAGGAGCUUGCCCUGUCGGCCCUCGGCGCCUGCGUGUUCUACCUGAAGAAGUGUCUGGUCGACCAGGAGCUCCUGUCGAUGGCCAACUUUGAAGAGUACGUGCCCGUGGACGCGGAGGCUGAAGGGUCGCCAGGUUCCACUGGCCACCCUGUCCGAAGCGGCCAGCACCUGGUCCUGGACGGCGUCACGCUGACCAACCUGGAGAUCCUACGGAACGGCACCACCGGCACGGCAGAGGGGACCCUGCUGGAGCAGCUGGACAACUGCUGCACCUACUUCGGCAAGCGCCUGCUGAAGCGGUGGCUGUGCGCGCCUCUCUGCAACCCCCCCACCAUCGAGGACCGCCUGAACGCCAUCGAGGAUCUGAUGGCCAUGCCGGACAAAGUCACCGAGGUGGUCGAGCUGUUGAAGAAAGUGCCAGACUUGGAGCGGCUCCUUAGCCGGAUUCACAGCAUCGGAUCGCCCCUGAAAAGUAAAGACCACCCCGACAGUCGGGCGGUGCUCUAUGAAGAGACCACCUACAGCAAGAAGAAGAUCGCUGACUUCCUCUCUGCCCUGGAGGGUUUCAAAGUCUUCCAGGAGCUGCUGCAGGUUGUUGAAUCAUCUGUCGAUGGCUUCAGAUCCAAGCUGCUUAAACAGAUCCUGAGUGUGAAGGGUAGGGGCACUGAGGGCCUCUUCCCAGAUUUGUCGGCCGAGCUGAAGAGGUGGGACACGGCCUUCGAUCAUCAGAAGGCAAAGAACACUGGCGUAAUUACUCCCAAGUCUGGCUUCGAUCCGGAUUACGAUCAAGCCCUGGCUGAUAUCAAGGAGACUGACGCCAGCCUCCAAGAGUACCUGGAAAAGCAGCGCAAAAGGCUGGGCUGCCGCGGUGUGGUUUACUGGGGCACGGCCAGAAACCGCUACCAGCUGGAGGUUCCGGAGAGCGUGGCCGACCGCCGUGUGCCAGAGGAGUACGAGCUGAAAUCCACCAGAAAGGGCUUCAAGCGCUACUGGACAAAAGAGAUCGAGAAGCUACUGGAUACAAUGAGCAGUGCUGAAGACAGGCGAGAUGCUGCCCUCCAGGACUGCAUGAGGAGGCUCUUCUACAACUUUGACAAAAACUACAAAGACUGGCAGGCAGCUGUGGACUGCGUCGCUGUCCUAGAUGUAUUGCUGAGUCUAACACACUACAGUCAGAGUGGUGAGGGGCCCAUGUGCAGACCCAUGGUAACAUUCGCCGCCAACAACACCCAACCAUUCCUGGAGCUUAGAGGCUCACGACAUCCAUGUGUGUUAAAAACCUUCCUGGGAGAUUUCAUCCCUAAUGAUGUGGUGGUUGGCUGUGAGGGCACUGAAGGUUCUGGAAACAGUCACAGUAACCAACAUGCUUCCUGCUUGCUUGUAACAGGACCAAACAUGGGUGGUAAAUCCACACUCAUGAGACAGGUUGGCUUAUUGGUCAUCAUGGCUCAAUUGGGGUGCUAUGUACCUGCUGAAAGCUGCAAAUUUAACCCAGUUGACAGAGUCUUCACUCGCCUCGGAGCUUCUGAUAGAAUCAUGUCGGGUGAAAGCACCUUCUUUGUGGAGCUCAGUGAGACAUCCAGCAUCCUCCAACAUGCAACACUGCAUUCCCUUGUGCUUUUGGAUGAAUUAGGCCGUGGUACAGCAACGUACGAUGGCACAGCAAUAGCUAGUGCAGUUGUGAAGGAGCUUGCUGAAAAUACCAAGUGCCGCACUCUGUUCUCUACACACUACCAUUCCCUUGUGGAAGAUUUCUCUCAUUCCUCUGCAGUCAGUUUAGGACAUAUGGCUUGUAUGGUUGAGAAUGAAUGUGAAGAUCCAAGCCAGGAAACUAUCACAUUCCUCUAUAAAUUUAUUGAAGGAGCGUGUCCAAAAAGUUAUGGAUUUAAUGCAGCAAGACUAGCAGAUAUUCCUGAAGAAAUAAUUCAAAAAGGUCACAAGAAAGCUGAAGAAUUUGAGAAGACUACCAUUUCCUUGAGACUCUUCAAGGAAAUAUGCUCUUUGCUUGAAGACCCAUAUGUUAACUUCCUCAAGCUACAGCCAGUGCUGAAGAAGAUUGCUGAAAUCUGAACCCAAAUAAAUUGAGGCAUGAUUUAAAAUUGUUCUAAUAAAACUUACUUUAAAAAUAA